AUGGCACCUGCUGCAGAGGAUGUAUUAGGUGAACUAUACGCCUGGGAUUCCGUGAUUGAAGACGAUUCGUCAUUAUCCAUUGAUGAUCCACAGCGUGAUGAAGACAAGACAGAAGAUGCAUUUGAACAGAUUAUUCAUACGGCCAGUGGUGAUGCCAGUGACAUUGUUCUGAGUCUAGCGGCUCAGUUACUUCAUAAACAUUUCUUUCGUUUUCCACACGUACAAAUUAAUGUCAUUGAUGUGCUUUUAAAGCUUUGUGGAUCAAAUCGAUCACAGGCCGUACGCAUUCACACGCUGCGUGCACUUUUACAGAUCGUCAAGACACCUCCGGCUACUGCUGCUGCAUCUACACCUACGUCAGCUGCAUCUAUAGCGCGCAAGAACACACGUAUGUGGUUACAACAUAUCAAUGACGCCGUGCAGUAUAUGUUAGACACGGAGAAAUCGUCCGUGAUUCUACGACAGGUAACGCCGUUGCGUCAGGUGCUGGAAGAACGACUUCAACCAGAGAUUAAUGAAGAGAUAAAUGUUGGAAGCAAGAUGACACGUCAGGAUAACUAUGAGGAGGACAACAGCAGUAACAAGAAGAACAGCAAUAACGACAAGAACAACAUGGAGAAGAAUGACGAGAUGUUGCCGUUGGAGCGAAAUCUGAAGCAACCACGGGAUGAAAGUGACACGGCGGAAGAAGAAGAAGGCUAUAUAUCGUCCGAACGUGCGCUAAAGAAGACGAAAUACGAUGAUGAGGCGACUUCUACUUACAGCGAUGAGGGAAAGGUUGUGGAGCCCAACCGUGAGUCCUCCAGCAACGGCGAUACUUCGGCGGAAGUGUUUAAGAAUCCGUCGUCUAACGGUCCAUUGAUCGAGAAUGAAGGCAGACGCCCGAAAAUUAACGCUUUUUCUCCGCGCAACUGUCCGCCGUGCCCUUAUUUGUUCCUAGGCAGUGUACCCCGCCACACAACCAACUCCGAAAUUGUUGAGUAUUUGACGCCUGUGUGGCCGUCUAUUGACAGCAUGAGUGUGCAGUUAAAACAGCCUGACCACAAUGCAACGGCCUAUGCAUUUGUGAGCAUGCCGUCAAUUGAACACGCGCGCGAAGCGAUUCAUUAUGUCGCCGCAAACAAGUUUCGUGGCCGCGCUGUCUUGAAUGCUAACUUUGCUCGUGGACCACCGGUGGAUACGGUGCAUUUUGUGGAGCGAACGGGUGAAUAUGUGAAAAUGGAGGAUAAGGGAGCUGUUCGUGACUUUGACUUUUCAAAGUGUGACCCAGAAGUAUGGGAUGUGCUGUGUCAGCAGCUGGAGCGUUUUGGUCCAUUAUCGUUUGCAGAAAAUGGACGCGUGCGCUUUCGUUGCUCGGAGCAUGCCAAGGCAGCAAUUCGCAAGCAACUAUUCACUGUAAAGGGAUACGAGAUCUAUCCUGUGUACGAUACGAAAGAACAGUUUGCGAUUGAUUCGACGCGUCGUGGAAGCAAAGUACACAACAAGCAGGGAUUUACUUUGAAGUCAGGACGACUUGUUGGAGGGGAUUCAAAUUACCGCGGCAGUAAAAAACAUCACUAUGAAGAAGAUGAUGACUAUACGGCUGGUUCUAAUGGACGGCGAGAACGUGAUGGAGUUAUUUCAUCAACAUACAGUGACUUUAGUCGUAGCCCCCUUCGUAGUGAUCGUGAGAGUGCCCACGGGCAAUCACGUCCUUACUCACCAAAACCUCGUAGUGGUGGCGAUCGGUAUAUUGUACCUAUGGGUGGAUUUUCGAAGGAUCGACAGCUGCUUCAUUCGCGUUCUAGGUCGCCUGUGGCCUUAACGAAGAAACCUCUUUUACAUGAAAUUGGGCAUAAUAUACCGGCCGACAAGGAAAUUUGUCGUUCGAUCCGUAGUAAGUACGACCGUCGCUCACCGUAUCUAAUGGAUGCCAGAAGCUAUGAAAGCGCAGCCCACGUGGGGGUUGGACCGCGCGGGCGACCCCGUGAGCGUGAUAGUUCUUGGAAUAACCUGCGCUCCACUGGAGAACCGCGUGAGCGUCGUGAAUUUCGAGAGGAAGGUCGAGGACAUGGCGACUUCCGCAGCAACAGUCCUUCUUUAUCCCCUCCUGCACGACGAUGCCGAAAGGGUGAUCAUGCAAGCCAACGUCCAGGUGAGUACCGACGUGGCGAUGGCGUCAUUGAAGGUGAUCGUCAAAUAUACCGUGAAACUUUACGUGGGGGUCGUGGCAGGACACACCCGGCAGCUCUUUCCGGCGGUGUGUUGGAUUUACCUCGCAGCCGUAGCCGCAGCCCACAACGAUUUGGAAAGUACGCGACCGGAUCAUCCAAAAGUAGACCUCAGUCACCGUUACGCUCGCGUUCACCUCAGCAAGAUGUGAGGACGGGGAGUAGCAUGAGUCAACGGUCUAGUCGAUACCGUGACCGUGACGACCGUUCAAUCGGGAACCAGCUGCCUGAUGAACGACAGUCUUCCCAGGUAGAACGCCCCCGCUUCGCAGAUGAUCGCUCUAUCGCCGAAGUUGCCCGUGAUGAGCAGCAAGAGCGUCAACGAUAUUUCCAACAGCAGCAACAGCAGCAGCAAGGUCACCGUGAUACUAAUUUGAGUCGCUACGGCGCAGGUCGCGGAGGUGGGCGAGGUGGUGGUCGUGGUGAUCGCUAUCAUGUGCAACAGUCACACAGGGUCGGUCGAAGCGGGGCUAUGAUCCGUCAUGACGUAUCGCCUCCCAGGGAUCGUUCGCCUUCCCAACUACCACCUCCCGCUCAUCAUCGUUCAGUUUCCCCACCACCGCGUGGUCGUCAGCACUCAUCUUCUCCCGUUUCGCCUCCUCAGCAGCGUGAACUCUAUACCAGUGAUCGCCGCGGAGAGUUUGCACUGCAUGGUCGCGAAUCUGCGUACUCACCUCCGCCGUCACCUCUACUUCCGAGCUCGUAUAGAUCGGCUGGUCCAUCUGACCAUCACGAUCUUGACUUGGAGGCUGACGAUCGUGAGCCUAGUCGUCAUGAGCGGCGUCACCACUCUUGCCACGACCGAAGUCAAGACGAUAAUGCCCACCGCAGUCACCGUGAGCGAGGAGAAAAGCGUCCAUCUCGUCCGGAACCUUCGAUGACCCCAUCACCUGUCCGUCGAGAACACGCUUCUGUAUCCAGUGGGCGGAAGUCAGGACAUUCCCCGCGUCGGUCUUUUAGUCGCCACCCUGAAGGCGACGACCAAGGUGAGGAAGUUUUUGGAAACGAUAAGAAAUCUCGGUUGAAUGAGAAUGAUUCACAACCUCAGGAGAAGGAGGUGAAUAAUGAAGGAGUGGGCGUGGCGCGUAAUGAGUUGUACGCGGGUGUGGAUGAUCUGACCGUGGACUACGAAGAAGACGACGAGUAA